AAACGUCCAGAAGGGGGCGGGGCCCGGCGGAAAGAUGGCGUUUUUACGCUGUAGAAGAGAUCCCUGCGGUGUUAUUUGCCUGGUUUUAACUUAUUUCAGCGUGUUUUACGCGGACUAUGUGGUCAUACAGUAUGUUCUCGUCCCUGCCUAUGCCGACAGCGUGUGGGGAAUGCUGCAUGGAUCCUUGUUCAACCUGAUCCUGCUGCUGCUGCUGGCCUGCCACUCCAAAGCCGUCUUCUCAGAUCCCGGCAUGGUGCCGCUCCCGGACACGGCCUUGGACUUCUCAGACCUGCGAUCUCAGUCGUCUCGGAUGAACGAACGGGGCUGUGAGGGCUGGACGGUGUGCAGCCGCUGCGAGACCUACAGACCUCCCAGAGCGCAUCACUGCAGGGUUUGCCAGAGGUGCAUCCGCCGCAUGGACCACCACUGUCCCUGGAUCAAUAAUUGUGUCGGGGAGUUGAACCAGAAAUAUUUCAUCCAGUUUCUCUUCUACACCGGCGUCGCCAGCCUGUACUCCAUGGUUCUGGUGGCGUGGGCCUGGGUGUGGCGGAUCCGUAACGAGAGGGAAGGCGACGCCGACAAAGAGGGAGAGGAGUCGCCGAGCAAACAUCUGAUAAUAGCUCAUUACCUCAUCCUGCUGGUGGAGUCGGUUCUGUUCGGGGUGUUCGUCAUGGUCAUCUUCUACGAUCAGCUGAUCUCCAUCAUCACUGAUGAGACUCCCAUCGAGCAGAUGAAGAACCGGCUGAUGAUCAGAGACCGGAGCUCCUCGUCUUCCUCCUCGCCGUCCUCCGCCUCUUCGCAGCAGCCGCCCCAUCACAUCCCGCACGCCACCCGCAAGCCCAAGCUGGCUCUGCUGAGGGAGGUCUUCGGUAGAGGUUCGGUUUUCUGCUGGCUGCUGCCACUCCACUCCAACCCGCCAUCGGCCGGAGGAAUCAGCUACUCCGCGCUGCCCGACUACGACGUCUGACCUCCGACCUCUGGCCUCUGGCCUGUGGGCAGAGGAGCGGAUGUUUGUGUGGGAAGGAAUGACUUUGCUGCCUAAAAAUGAUGUCUCAUCUUUCAGCUGAGAGGUGAAAAUGAAGAAAGGAUGACUGAGCAGAGCCUGUUUGCAUUUACAUGAUGAAUGAAUGAAUGAAUGAAUGAAUGAAUGAAUGAAUGAAUGAAUGAAUGAAUGAAUGAAUGAAUGAAUGAAUGAAUGACGCACUGAGUCCUAACGAUUUUACCCUCCAGGACCUAAAGAAGCGGUUCAGCUUCAGACACUUUUUACUGAAUUCCUGUGACGAGGAAACGCCACUGAGCUUCUCGAGGCCCGAAGUUUUACGCCCAGCAAAUCCUCAGAUCUUUAUGUGUCUAUUUAUAGCAGCAUUUCUCUGGAAACUGGGAGAAUCGACCCGUUUUUAAUGACUUUUGUUCUGGUUUGAACGGUAACCAUGCAGAAUUCAUGCAGCGUCUUCGUCAGGGAUGGACCAAAUGUUUCAAACUUCGACUAAUAUUUCAGUACAUUACUUUUUAAAAAUCACAACAUGCAAAAAUCAAUAGAAAAAACACUAAUUUCUCAACCAAAACUACUACUUGGUAUUAAAUAUUUAAAAACACUUUCCAAUAACAAUAUCUCUAAAUAAUGGUGGUCCGUAUUCCUGCCACAAUAAGAAAUGUUUCUGGACAAUAAAUUGUCUCCAAAGUUAUUACAAUAAACAAUUUUAUUGUUGUUUUGAGACAAUUUUCAAAUAAUGUAGUGGUAAUAACGGCAUAAUAAUACAAUAACAUAUUCUCAAAGAUCAAUAAACUUUAAUAAAUAAACAAAAUGAUUUUCGAAGUUUCUGUAAAGAAAACUGUUCCUCAAAAAAAGCAACUAGUUAAAAAUCCCAGACUGAAGACUUUUGUUUAGUUUUGUUUGUUUAAAUUUAUCAUGUGAUUAAAUAAUUUCUAAUGAUUAUUUUAUUAUAAAUCUCAAUCCGUCCAUCACUGGUUUGCAGGUGUUUCAGGUGUUUUUCUGUCCAACAGAAACAAGCCUAAAUACUUCAGUUUCAGAAAAUUAAUUAAUUUCCCUUUUAAAACAGGAAUCUGACGCUUUAAUACUCAAUAGUUUGCGCUCAAUUUAACUCUAAGGAAAAGAUUUUCUCAAUUAAUUUAAUUCCUUUCUUGUUUGAUUUUUUUUUUUUUGACAUCAGCGAACAGAAAACUUUUCGUCAACAUGAUUGACUUAUUUAGCCGUUUUAUGUUUUUUAAAUUUCUCAGCAGCGCCCCCUGCUGUUUCUCACAAAGGUUUUUGGUCCCUAUAGAGAAAUUUUACAAGCUCAAAAACUCAGGAAGCUUCUAUAAAUGUGGACAAAAAAUGAUUUACGUUAAAUGAAAUUAGCAGGUUAAAUUUGGUAUGAUUUUUUUAUUUCAGUCGUUUAAUUUUGUGUAAGUAAAUUGAUUAAUCUGUCAAGUUUAGAUGAUUUAAUGAUAAGUCAAUAUUUAUGCUAUAUUUAAAGAUUUAAAUUGAUGCUAAACACAAACAGGUGCAAUUCAACAUCCAUGAAGAACUUUUUUUUUUCUACUUUUAUUUACAUUUUUUUAUGACUUUUGCUCAGAAAACGCUCACUCGAUGUUUUCUGUUACGGAACUGAAGAAACCAUUAUUUACACAUCCAUCAUUUCUAAUCCAGAUUAUAAAUGUUUACUUUUAUGUGAGGGAUGAAGUUGCCUUUCCACACAAUCGCUGAGUUUAUGAGAAAAGAAUUCGUCCUUUUGGGGUUCUGCUCCUUUUUUCAGCCCUUCUCUAAUUUGCACUUUUCCUUUUUUACCCGAUUCCCACAAAAUGCUUCACAUUGUUAAUUCAUGUGACUAAAACUAGUGACUAAAAUAUUUUGUCAACUUCUUUUUCUUGUGUAUUAGCAUUUUUAGGGCAGCAACUUGCAGUUUCAGCUUCAAUUUAGUUUGAACUGAUUCACCAAGUUAAUAACGAGUGUUUCUGUAACUUUUAUUAAGAUUUCUAGACUUAAACCAAAGAUUUAGGUGUAGCGAGUUUGUGUUUCAAAUGUCAUGAAGAAGCUAAUCAGUGUCUUAGAUCUCAGAUAGCAUUUCUAGCUAAAAAACAGCAUUUAAAUAUCCAGUAAUUCAACUGUAUCAGUGCAAAUAAGCAAACCAAAGAUGGAAACCUGACAAAAAAUAGGAUAUUAUUUAAACAAGUUCAUUUUAUACAAAUGCAUAUUAAGGACUUGCAGCUAGCCAAGCGGUGCUAGCCGUCAGUUAGCAAUUCAGUCAUUAUUCAUUCAGUACUAAAGCCCAGUGUCCUGUUAAAGUAGGACAAUGUUUGUAAUCGUGUUGGAAAAAUGUGGCAGAUCACAAAGGGCUCCUAAAAACUGAAAUAAAUGGUUCUGAAAAUGAAAACGUUUCAAACAAAGACGCAAAGGCAACUUCAUCCCGUUUGUGUUUUUAUGAAAAUGUGUUUAUAGGAGUUUUGAAUUGUGGGUUCAGACACACAGGUGCUUUAUUGGCUCAUGAAUUAUGUCACAAAAAGCAUCACAAAAAGAGCUGCUAAUGUAACAAAAAAAUGUUUUCAUUGAAUUAUGUUAAUUUUAUCACUUUAAUUAGCCUCUGCACCAAUAACACGCCACUCGGUGUAAAAAUGUGGUGAAUUUAUUGUAAAGAAAUUAUGAGAAACUUGCAGAGUUUCAAAAUCUAACAGGUUAUUUUUUUUAAAGCACUGUAAAAUAUUAGUUACAGUUUCAUUCUGCCAGAGUAAAACCAGAUAUUUGGUUAAAAUACAAAAUAAAAAUUAAUCAGAUCACUAAACUGGAUCUGAAACAAUUCCUCAGUUUAAGUUGUUCUGAACAAAAAUGAAGCAAAACUUAAAAAACAAAAAGCAAGUUAACAUUAGUUAUCUGAAAAUAGGUUUAAAAAAAUAACAUUUUCUAUGUUUCCAUUCAUUUUCCAAAGCUAAAAUGAAUGAAAUGUUUAUCAAACAUUUUGUAAUUGGUUGAUAAAAAUUACUGAUUGUUUGCAAACAAUUAGUAAAAACAAAUAAAAAGUUUAUUUUUUUUCCAGCAGUGAUUCAGUUUUACCUCUCAGGGUUUUUUAUGUCCUGCUGAGUGAAACUUUAGUGAGGUUAAAUGUUUGAUUCGUUUGAGAAACGGGAAAACAAAACGAUUCAAAUGUAAAAAGUGUUGAAAUUAAAAGUAAUUUCUCAUUUAACUGAGCUUGUUUGGACUCAGCAGUUCUCUGGGUUCAGUUGGACGGAAGCUGAAUCCAGUCCAAACCCAACAUGGUUGGUUUUGGACAAUUUCUGCAGGUUUCUCAUAACUUCUGUCCACUGCGGUAAAUCCUGGUCCGGUUCUGGUUCUGGUUCUGGUUUUUAUACUGACUCCUUAUGAAGGGAAUUGUCAAUGAAUCUCUGAGAUAUUUAUUAUGAUUUCUUACAUUAUUGUUUUGUAAAAAGGUUUGAAAGGUGAAUUUGAAUUUGAAUUUAUUUUAGUGAAGCACCUGAAAAUACUUCAGGCUUUUGUUUUUGUGUGUGUGUCUGUGUGCUAUCAGGGUGCUGGUUUCCUUGGUUGUGAUAAAUGCAGUUGAUCUGUUUUUCCAUUUUUAUUUUAGUUUAUUAGGGUGCGCUUGUUUUGAUCCAUUACUGCAAAAACUCAAAGUCUUACCAAGUAUAAAUGGUCUAGUUUAUACUGCAGAUAUUUUAGUUUCGUCUUAUUUCAAAUGUACUUUAAUUUCUUGAUACUGAUGGGAAAAAUUCUGGUAGAUUAUUUCACUUAUCAAUGAGGGAAAAAUCUGCCAGUGGAACAAUAUUAUUUAUUCUGAAUUUGUGCACUUAAAACAAGCUCCUAUUUCCUGCUGAAAAGUUAUUUGUAAGUUAGUUUUUUUUUAAAUCUUAUUUCAAGUGUAUUGAGAUAUUUCAACGAGAAACUAAACAAAGAGAGUUUGUUUUUCCAGUGUAGUUUUAAGUCAAUAAUUCCUCAAUACUGAUCAUAUAUAACAAGACCAUUUAUAAGUGAAAAACUAAUCAAUAUUAAGGAAUUAUUGACUUAAAACAAGUUCAUAUUUCUUGCUGAAAAGUUACUUAUAAGUUUUGUCUUGUAAUAUUUAGAUUUUCCAGUGUAACCACUAAUUAAGAUAAAAAUCCAACACAGGUGAACAAAACAAGCGCACUCCACCUAACAUGAAGGAAUGUCUGCACAAACAGAAGCUAACGGUUAGCCGCCACUCAAACAGCCUUUUGGCUCAUAAAACUUGUUUUUUUCAACCUAAACAAACUCAAAAGUGUCUCAUCUGCAACUGUUGCCACACAUUAAACCCAGUAAAAAAUGUUUUUAUGUGGAAAACAACUGACUGUGCAGUUUAGAGGAAGUAGUUUUGAAGCUGACAGAAUGUCUUUUUCUAAGUAAAGGUCAGCGUUUGUACGUUUCUCCUGCAGCGGUUAGUUUCCAGUGAAAACUGCGUUUGAUACCUUGUGGUUUCCUGAUGAACAAGUUUACAACUGAACUGUUUGCUUUAAGAUGUUGUUACAAUCUUGAAACCGUGACCUGUGUACUGUUUUUUCUUCUUGACAUGCUGCUCGUUAAAAUCCAAAUAAAACCGAUGUCUUUUAAUCUA